AUUCUUAGGUUCCGUGUGGAGGAGCAGCAGCAGCAGGAGGAAGCGAUGGCGGCGGCGGCGGCAGCAGCGUCUCUGAGCGCGGCGCUCGGGCUCCGUGUGGCGGCCCGGGCCGGGGCGACAGCGGGCGCCUUCGCCACCAGUCGCUCCGGCUUCCUCAAGCGGGUGGUUUCCGCCUCGCCACGCUGCGCCGGCGGCGCGGCGAUCACGGCCAGGGGCCUCGCCGAGACGACCACGGGAGCCAUUCUGCCCAAGCCAGAGAAGGUCUCACUGGGACUGACAAAGGUGUUCACGGUGGUUAUCCCAUUUCUUAUCCUCGGAGCCAUCGCGAGCAAGAAAGGAGCCGAGCUGCUGGAAGAACACGACAUAUUUGUGCCAGACGAUGACGACGACGAUGAUUAACGGCAGUGCAAAGUUGGCAUCGAAUGUCUUCACAAGUGGAACCUCCUGAUGGCCUUACUCGUACCUGCAUGAAUGACAGGAUGGUUUCACGACGUGUUGUUUUCUGCAUGUUCUCCACCAGUGGCUGGUCUAUGGGAAGCUCUUGUGCAAUGCUGCCACCUUGAGCUCAAAUACAUUGCGGUCUUGCUCCGUACACAAAUGGUGUGAAACACUUAGUGAGAUAUUCUAUAUGGCAACAAUCUUCAGAGGACUGAAGAAGCUGUGGCUCAAACCAAUUACAUAAUUAGAAAAAUGUCCAUGUAUACAUUGCAAACAGAUUUUCAUUCCAAUAGGAUGUACAGCUCAGUUAAAUUCCCGUUCCACAUUGUGCAUGACGAGUACUGCUUGCUAUGAAGGCGAUUGGUUAACAUGUACCAAACUUUAUUACACAAAUUGGUAAGCUUCGGGGUGGAAAUACAUGCCUAAUUCAUCGUAUAGAAUAUUUGGUAAGUGUAUAUCACAGAAGUGUUGUUUUCUUCCCCUCUGGAUAGGAGCCGCUGGUUGUAUCUUGUUAUCUACUUUACAUCUUGCUGUAGCCCAAUGUUUGCGAUGUCCACUUAAUCUAAAACCUGGGGAUUGGGAGCAUCAUACACUGUCAAUCUACAUUCGUCUGACUUGUUUUUAGGCUGCAACUAAAAAUGCCAUAGUUUUGCAUUACCACUCUGGAAUGUUAACAUUGUUACUGUCAACCAGACAAUCAUUGUAAUGGGCAAUGGAAAAUAAAUUGAAUCAUUUCAGUGUCCAAUUACACUUACAGAAAUGUACUGCAUCCCAAGUAUAUUUAUUAUGUGACCAAGCCUAAUGGAUGUACAUAAAGGAAAAGCAAUAAAUCAAAUUUUAAGUUUCA